UUGCUGACUGAGGAAGAAAGGAGACAGUACGCAGAGAAGGCUCGUAAGUGGAAUGCAAAGAAGGGCUGUCAGGAGGCAGUGAAAGAGACAUGUAAUCUGGCUCAUCCAGAUCCUGUUCCUCUGCCCACAGAGAUGCCUGAUGUAGCUUCUUUGCCAGUUGCCUCUGCUCUGUCUUGGAAGAGUGAUCAGGAUGUGGUUGCAGAUGUGUUCUACUUCCUGGACAUUUUCAGCCAUGGCAAGCUGCCACACCACUGUGAGCAGCGCUUCCUUCCUUGUGAGAUUGGCUGUGUCAAGUACUCCCUGCAGGAUGGCAUAACGGCUGAUUUCCAUCACUUCAUAGAUCCAGGAGUACCACCAUAUGGUUUUCGGUACCACUGCCAGUCUGCUAGUGAUCAAACUCAUAAGAUCCCUCUAUCUGGAUUUCAUCUUCCACGUACCUGUUACGAGGUUGUCCUACAGGAACUUCUUGAGUUUGCUCAGCCAACCAGAGGUGUUCAGCGUCACUUCUACUGCAGGUCUAGUGACAGAUUCCGGAUUAACUGGUGUCUCACUCGAAUGGCUGACAAAACAGGCAUUAAGAGCCAUCUGGACAUUUUUGCUGUAGAAGACCUGAUAAUAGAACUGUACCAGAAGAAAUACCAAAAGAAGCCAUCCAGGACCUGGGUGGAUAAAAUACUGGAUGUCUUCCUGUGGGAUUAUUGCAGCAGUACCAGGUGCAAGUGGCAUGAAGAGAACGAUAUAGUCUACUGUGCUUUGGCAUCCUGUAAGAAAAUUGCGUACUGCAUCAGUAAAUCUUUAGCUAGUGUGUAUGGAGUCUCACUAACAGCAGCUCACCUACCUCUGCAAGACUUUGAGUGUGGUCAAAGCUUAAGUACCAGGAUGGAGAAACUGGAUAUUGGACAUUUUCAGAUGACCAGUAGUUUUGCCAGACUGCAGUUUUUCACCUUUGAUGCAGCCCUUGACAGUUCAAGUUCUUGUUGGAGUGAUGAAACUAUUGACUGCAUUUAA